GGAGAACUUUUAUUUUUUCAUUCUUAACCAAUAGAUCUUUUUAGUGGAAUGAAAAGAGUUUAGUGCCCCAUAUAUGGGAACGGAAUGAAACGAAAAGCUGCUUCACCUUACGGCCUAUAAUAGCAACCACAACUCUAAAGGAAAGGGGAAAACCAGGAGGAGGCGUCUGGGAGGACUUGUUUUUGUAUUAUAUAUGCAGAAACAGAAACUAGACAGGAAUAUCUAAACUUCAGUCAGAGUCACACGUUUACUUUUCAGUCCACUGAAUGCUGAUUAUCCUGCGGCAGAAACAGUGAUUUUACACAGAUGACACGACCAACUUCUGCCCAAAAAUGGAAGAGCAUAACAUGGAUCCAGGAUAUUUAAUUCAGCAAUUCAGUUUAAUACUGGACAUGACAAGUUAUGAUGUUUUGGAGCAGAAUUUCCAGAAGAGGACUGGCUUCAUUUGGAUGUAACAUUGGCGUAUGUGCAAACAGAUGAACUGACAAACGCAGGGAGAAACACAUAUGAAGAGUGGAGAGGAAACAUUUCUUUCUCUUUUUUUUAAGACUGAAUGCACUUUAAUGAUGACAUUCACUUUGGAGCAUACAUUUAUUUUUGCUGCUAUUUUUCUCCUGAACAUUAGACUGUGUUUUUGUGCUUGUGCUCGAGCUGAGUAUGAGAUCAAUAAAGAAUGUUGCCCCAUGUGUGCACCUGGAAGCCAUGUUUAUAGACAUUGUACAGAAUUUGUUAGCACGACUUGUGUGCCAUGUGUUGACUCUUUCACUUCUGAACCAAAUGGUCUUCUAAAAUGCCUUAGCUGUGCAGUGUGUGAUCCUGGGCAAGGCUUGAGAGUAAAGACAGCCUGCACACGAAUUUCAGAUACAGUUUGUGAGCCACUGGAGGGAUUUUACUGUACUAAUUAUGAGAAGGGUAGUUGUACACAAGCUGUGGAACACAAAAAAUGCAGUGCUGGACAAUAUAUAAACCAGAAAGGAACAGCAGAUAAAGAUACUGAAUGUGCUGGAUGUAAAAAUGGUACCUACUCUGAUGGCUCACUUGAAAAUUGCAAACAACAUACAAAGUGUAAAGAUUUAGGACUUGGAGAAAUCAAACCAGGAUCAUCAACAUCUGAUGCUGAGUGUGGAAAUAAAACCAAUUCACUUCAAGUGGCCCUAAUAGUUGGAAUCAUAGUUUUCAUUGCAGUUGUGGCUGUAGCAGUAGUACUUUUUUUCAAAUUUAGACAUAGGAUUGGCCGAUGUUCAGAUAGGAAUGCUGAGAAAGAACAAGGUACAGAAAUUGAUGAAGUGGAAACACCUACAUUAAGGACAGAAUUUCUGCCAUAAAUGAGAACAGAAGAUCAGGACACAUUAACCUCUGCACCAGGGUGAAUUCACUCUCCUCACUGGGGAUCUAGACAACACAGUUAUACUAAAGGAAAACAAAUUCAGAGCCAAAGAUCUUCCUUUAUGGACUGGGAUGCAUUUGGUGAAUGGCUACAUUCACUGGAUCUGGAUACAGCGGGAGGUGCGGUGGCAGAGCCAACCUACUGAAGGAUGAACUUUGACAGAUUUGGUUCGUGGUCAGUCGAGCCCUCCUGAGGUGCAUUAAAGCAUUAAUUACUAAAUAAUCAUUAAUGUAUGAAUAAAUUAAUCACUUUAUACAUCAAUUAACACUAACAAUUUACAUCAAAACAAAACACAGUCAAAUUAAAUAAUCUGAUAAUAAAAUUAUAUUUAAAAUAUUAAAAUAAUAGUGUGUAUAGCCAAAAUUAUUGACUUUCCUAAUGGUACAAGACAGUGGUGAGAACGGCCAUGCUGAAUGGUUUAAAGACAGUGUCACUGAGGAAGAGGCAGGAGUCAGAGCUGGAGGUAGCAGAGCUGAAGAUGUUGAGGUUCACUUUGGGAGUGACAUGGUUGGACAGGAUUAGGAACAAGUACAUCAGAGGGACAGCUCAUGAUGUAUGUUUGGGGGACAAAGUUAGGGAGGCCAGAUUAAGAUGGUUUGGACAUGUCCAGAGGAGGGAGAGUGAGUAUAUUGGUAGGAGAAUGUUGGACAUGGAGCUGCCAGGCAGGAGGAAAAGAGGAAGGCCAAAGAGGAGGUAUAUGGAUGGAAUAAAUGAGGAUAUGAAUAAAUGAGGAUGCAGUAGAUAGGGAUAGGUGGAGAGAGAUGAUUCGCUGUGGUGAGCCCUGAAGGGAAAAGCCCAAAGAAGAAGAUUGACUUUCCGCAUGAAUGUUUUGAAUACAUGAAGGCAAACAUAAACUUUAAUUUCGACUCAUUUCCAAGGAAAUCACUCUAUUUAACUGAGGUUGCACAUCUCCUAAAUGUAAAAUCCCUUCAUCAUUCAUUUCCACUAGGAAAAGCCAGUGAAGUUUCAACACAAGAUUCUGCUGAUUUUGACCUGCACAAAUCGGAUUUAUAUAUUAAAAAAAAAUAGGUAGUCAAAAAUAGAAUUUAGCAUGAUUACAGUCAUGACAAAAAAGUGUCUAAAACUGGAAAUUUGCCAGAAAUUGGGGCAAUGAGCUUUUUUUCUUAAGCAUUCAAGAAAGGCUUUACUGAAAAUAUUUCUACAAUAGCAUAUUAUAGAAAUACCACACAAAAAAAGAAAAAGAUGAUUAUAAAAAGAUGAAUUAUUUCCCAUGAUGGGUGUUUUGCUUUCACAAUUCAUCAACAAACGGAACUUUGGGUGGAACAGGAUAGUCUUCAGAACAGACUUUGUGAUUUCACUCCAAGCUGCAUUUUGUGUUUGAUUAACUAAAAGUGAAACAGAUAAUUUAGGCACACAAGAAAACAA